UACUGUGGAGACAGGAUGAAGUUGACCAGUGAAAAGUUGCCCAAGAACCCCUUUUAUACUUCUCUAUCCCACUAUGCUGCUAAUAAACAAAAACUCUUCCAAUGGAGAAAGGAAAAGACUGAUCAUUACAGCCAUGCUAGUUUGGUGGAAAAGGCAUUGCACCUCUUGAAGGAAAGAAUAAGAAGAGGGGAUACUCUGGCAUAUUUCCUACGAGGUCAACUGUAUUUUGAAGAGGGAUGGUAUAAAGAAGCAUUAGAACAGUUUGAAGAAAUCAAGGAAAAGGAUCAUCAGGCAACUUACCAGCUAGGAGUGAUGUAUUAUGAUGGUCUGGGGAUGACCGCAGACGCUGAAAAAGGAGUGGAAUAUAUGAAGAAAAUUGUUGAUUCUCCGUGUCCCAAAGCAAGACACUUACAAUUUGCAGCAGCUUACAACCUUGGAAGAGCUUAUUAUGAAGGAAAAGGCGUUAAACAAUCAGACGAGGAAGCUGAAAGACUGUGGCUUUUUGCUGCAGACAAUGGAAAUCCAAAAGCUAGUGUGAAGGCUCAAAGUAUCCUAGGAUUGUAUUACUCAACAAAGGAACCCAGAGAGUUAGAGAAGGCGUUUUAUUGGCAUUCAGAAGCUUGUGGCAAUGGAAACCUGGAAUCCCAGGGUGCGCUUGGGCUCAUGUACUUUUAUGGACAAGGCAUCCACCAGGAUACCGAGGCUGCCCUGCAUUGCUUGAGGGAAGCAGCAGAACGUGGAAAUGUCUACGCUCAAGGGAAUCUCGUGGAGUAUUACUAUAAGAUGAAAUUUUUUACAAAGUGUGCUGCAUUUUCCAAAAGGAUUGCUGACUACGAUGAGAUUCAUGACAUCCCCAUGAUAGCCCAGGUCACGGACUGUCUCCCAGAAUUCAUCAGCAGAGGCAUGGCCAUGGCCUCUUUCUACCACGCACGGUGUCUGCAGCUUGGCUUGGGUAUCACAAAGGAUGAAGCAACAGCUAAACACUAUUAUUCUAAAGCUUGUCUUCUGAAUCCUUCAUUGGCAGAUGAACUUCACACUUUACUUAUUCGUCAGAGAAUUUAGACUAUAAUGUAUUUCAACAAAGAUCAUCGAUCCUAACAACUUAGAAUCACUUAUGUUUCAUAUCAAGAACUUGGCAUAUCAGGAACUCAGCAGG